AUGGCUUCUGUAAGAAUACCAAGCCUUCGCCAUUUGGCCAUACAUCCCAUCAGGUCCGCAGCUCGUCUUCAAUCCCAGCGCCGAUGGGCUCAAGUCCAUGAUGUCAGAUUCCUAGCGACAAAACAAACACCCCAAGUGGUGCUCGACAAGUAUCGCGAAAAGCUCAACCAAAAAGCCAAGAAAGAGGGACACAAUAGCAUCGACGAUUUGAAAUCCGCGUACGCUGAUAAAAUCGACGCCGAGCGCAAGAAGGACGCCAUCGAAUACCCAAUCCCUACUAUCCCCCAAGCUCCCGAAACCCCUGUUUCGCAGCCGAACCGAGGGCCGGCUCCAGCCCAAAAAGCAGCCAAAGCGACAUCCGUGCCUCCUAGCGCAAGUGGAAAAGCUGCUAUACAAUCAUUGGACGAGAUUGUCGAUGUCGAAAAGAUUCGUGAGCUCCCAGAGAAGGAGCUGACAGCAGUUUGGAGGCUGCGCCAUGCCAAUUCACCUCACAAGCUAUGUGCUGUUAUUCCAACAGCGUCAUAUAAGGCUAUGGAAGAGAUGGCGCGCCAGUCUCCUCAAUUCGUUUUACCGGUUCCACAUGAGAGCCAAGGUGCCGAAAUUCACUUCUUGCAAUGGACCUUUGACCCGGCAUCCAACACCAGCACAGUUCUCUUCACCCAACUGGCCGAGUUCAAGACACGGGGUGAAUUUGCCCAGCCACAUACAACCGUGACACAUCAUCUUGAUUUGGCUGAUGAUAAGGGCCUCGUUCUGAUGCAAGGCCAGACAAUGGAGGAUCGAGGUGUUCAACCAGAGCACGCCAAAUGGCUGGUCAUGUGCCUUCAGCGAUUCUAUGGAGCUUGGGAGAGCACAGAGUCGGAGCUUGAAGGUGCGAGGAAAGAGAGGGCAGAUGAACGAAAAAAGCUGGUUCAGUGGUUCGGUAACGGCGACUCUAGAUUCAGUGUGGAAAAGCUGCUAGAAGAGGCAGAGAGAAUGGGAUAG